AGUGCUUUGUGAAUUAUGUAUUUGGGAUGCCCAGGAAGCAGUUGGAGCUGGUGGAGAAAAUCAAUCCUGGAACAAAAUUAUUCCUCUUUGACUUUGAUGAAAAGCUUCUCUAUGGUAUCUUCAAUGCCAUCACCUGGGGUGGAGCUAAUUUGGUGCCAACGGCUUUUGGUGGGAAAUUUCCAGCCCAGGUCAAGUUUGAGAUUCUACAGGAUUGCACACCUCUUUCAGAAAAUAUCUUUAAGGAAGCUAUACAUGAGAACUACACAACAAAGUCCAAAUUUAAUCCAGAGCUCAGUACCCGGCAGGUUAUCAAAUUGUUGUCCUUGUUCCUACCUGCUGGUUUGCCAGGGAAAUCACUUCCACAACUACCUCGGGAUGGACUCGAUAUACCACCAGCUCCUUCUGGUCCUUCUUACCUGUCUGUUCCAGCUCAUUUUCCUCUUCCGGGGGAGCAUUUCAGGUCUAAUUGUGAUCCAGCUUCAUCAGAUCAAUACAGGCAACAGCAUACCACCUAUACCAUGCCUCCUGCUACAGAUCCAUACAGACAGAAUUGCACACCACCACCAGCAGACCAAUACAAACCAGGUUAUGCGCCCCCUCUACAAUACCAAUAUGGGCAAGGUUAUGCAUUCCCUCCAUCAUUGUACGAACAUCAACAAUACUAUGCUGCACCACCGUCAAACCAGUACAGGCAAGAUCAUGCACCUCGUACAUCAUACCAAUGUGCACAAGUUUAUGUGCCACCUCGAUUUGAUCAAUCCACAGAAGGUUAUAUACCCCCUUCAUUGAACCAAUAUAGACAUGAUUAUGCAUCACUGCCACCGCCAUCAGACCAAUACAGUGCGUCCGAGUAUAACUUAGGUGUUUCAAAUGAACCUCAAUAUGUGUCUAUGGAUACUGCCACCAAUGCAAAUUAUCCAUAUCCGCCUUCAUAUUCAGCGCCUACAGUUAGUGCAGAGAAUGGCUUUUAUGCUCAAGCUACAGUUCAAUUGCCUUCAAAUUAUCCGGCACCUGCCAAUGGUGCACCAACUCAAGUAACUACAGAUUAUCCUUUGACUUCUACUGGUGCACCACUUCAAGUGAACCCUUUAUAUUACCCUGCAACUUGAAUGGCCCACUUCUUCAAGUGGACUCUUCAAAAUUUUCUGCAAAAUCUAGCAGUCUAACUCUUCAAGUGAACUCUGGAUAGCAACUACAUUGCAAACCUGUUGAGUGUCACCGACAAUACUCCAGUGUUUACAUUUGAUGAAUUGAAGAAAUCUGCUCAUUAUCCCAGCAUGGAUUAUAUGCACCUAGAGUGUGAAACUGGAAAAUUGAUAUGUUUUCAUGGGUGAGUUCUACUACCAGGUAAUUGCUUGUGAGUAAUUCCAUAAUUGCUAGGAUUAUGAGCUGGGUUUAAACUGAGAAUGUACAGUCAAUAUUUUACUUACUGCCAAGUAUUAUAUCUAUACCAGUGUAACAUAUGUUAGGUGUGUUUUUCGUAAUCCUAAUUCCAUAUGUAUGUUAUUUUCCUUUGCUCUGUUUAUCUCUUCAUGCUCCCUUUUCA